GGCGGCGGUGGCUGCGGCGCCAUGGAGCUGGGGGCGGGAGCGGGGGCGGGCGCGGGCCCGGGCCCCAGCCCCGGCGCACGGGGCGGCGCGGAAUCGGGCCGCGUCUUGCUACUGCUGAUGGGAGGCGGCGGCGGCGCGGGCUGGGCGCGGCGGGGCGGCGCGGAGGCAGAGGUGGGCCCGGGCUCUGGCGCCGGCCCAGAGGGACCCGAGGCAGCACGGGGCACGGAGCCGCGCUCCCCGCCUGCCCCCGACUACGAGGCGCUGCCGCAGGGCGCCGCUGUCUCUACGCACAUGCUGGCGGGUGCCGUGGCGGGCGUCAUGGAGCACUGCGUGAUGUACCCCGUCGACUGCGUCAAGACACGGAUGCAGAGCCUGCAGCCAGAGCCCGCUGCCCGCUACCGGAACGUGCUGGAGGCCCUGUGGCGCAUCGCCCGCACCGAGGGUGUCUGGCGGCCCAUGCGGGGCAUGAACAUCACAGCCACCGGCGCCGGCCCGGCCCACGCCCUCUACUUUGCCUGCUACGAAAAAUUAAAAAAGACGCUGAGCGACGUUAUCCACGCGGGGGGCAAUAGCCAUGUGGCCAACGGUGCAGCCGGGUGUGUAGCAACGUUGCUCCAUGAUGCAGCCAUGAACCCUGCUGAAGUGGUCAAACAGAGGAUGCAGAUGUACAACUCGCCUUACCAGCGUGUGACGGACUGUGUGCGGGCUGUGUGGCGCAAUGAAGGGGCUGGAGCUUUCUACCGCAGCUACACCACCCAGCUCACUAUGAACAUCCCCUUCCAAGCCAUUCACUUCAUGACCUACGAGUUCUUGCAAGAGCAGCUCAACCCCCACAGACAGUACAACCCAGGCUCUCAUGUGGUCUCUGGAGCCUGUGCAGGGGCUGUUGCUGCUGCUGCCACUACACCUUUGGACGUUUGCAAAACGCUACUCAACACCCAGGAGUCCCUGGCCUUGAGCUCCAACAUCAGCAGACACAUUACAGGCAUGGCCAAUGCCUUCAGGACGGUGUACCAAGUGGGCGGCGUGACCGCCUACUUCAGAGGAGUCCAGGCCAGAGUCAUUUAUCAGAUGCCCUCGACAGCGAUUGCCUGGUCUGUGUACGAAUUCUUCAAAUACAUCCUCACCAAACGCCAGGAGGAGCGGCGUGCUGGGAAGUGAGCCAGAGCCGAGCACCGUUCCAGACCUGCUUCACCUCCCCUCCUGGUUUGUGUUCUGACCCCUCUACCUUUUGGUUUGGUUUGUGGUGAAGAAAGGGGGCGGUGAAGCCCUUUAGGGUUUAGUGAUGCUGGCUUUCGCCUCUGGCUGCUGCAGCUCUGCUCAAGCUGUACAGCUUGCCCUCUCCCAGGGUCCUCCGAGGUGUCCUUACUGGAGGUGCAACCCAGGUCACAUCUCCUGGCGUUCAGUGGAGCUGUGCUCCUGUCCUUCCCUUAACCACAACCUGUCACACAAAUCUCACCCUUCCUCAGAGGGGAUGGUGAAUGUCCUGCCCUGCUUCUGGCAGGGCCAAGCUGAGCUUGCAGUCACUAAGGAGGGGGCAGUGGUGGCACUGUCUUGGGUUGCUGGGGGCUUUGUCUGGCUUUUGGCUGAAGCGAAGUGUAAGCCUUGCCGUUGUCUUGUAGCACGCACAUGUGAUGCUGACUGCCCCAGUGGUGGAGUGGAACAGGAGGAUGGCACUUGAGGAGGGGAGCCUGUAGGUUUGUUACUGUUCCUGCUCUUGACACCUCCAAUAAAACAAAUUCUGCUCUA